CGGUGGAAAUCAUUUGCAUGUGCUGUGUUCUACGUACAAGGAAUAUAUAUACAUUUCAAAUGAGAUCUUCUCCUUCCUUCGUACUCGCCCUCUCCCUGUUUGGUUUUGCACUUUUGCCCAUUAGUUUCUUCCAACACGCUUUCUGUUUUUCGAUCAACUUAGUCAAAAACACGCAGCCCCACGUCCUUAACCUCCUAACCAUUUAACCAUUCCUCCCCAAUUUUCUCCCUUCUUCUUCUUCUUCUUCUUCUACUCAUCUGGGUUGUUUCAAUUCUUCCCUCCAUGGCUUCCCUUCAAUCCGAUCAGCUGCAACAGCUCAAGGACAUCUUCAAGCGCUUCGACAUGGAUUCCGACGGCAGCCUCACCCACCUGGAGCUCGCCGCCCUCCUGCGCUCUUUGGGUCUCAAGCCCACCGGCGACCAGCUCCACCAACUGUUGGCCACCAUGGACUCCAACGGCAACGGCUCCAUCGAGUUCGACGAACUCGCCGGCGCAAUCUUGCCCGGCAUGAGCGACGACAUUUUGGUCAAUCAGGAGCAGUUGUUGGAGGUUUUCCGGUCCUUCGAUCGCGACGGCAAUGGCUACAUCACGGCGGCGGAACUCGCCGGAUCCAUGGCCAAGAUAGGCCAGCCCCUCACGUACCGAGAGCUCUCGGAGAUGAUGCGAGAGGCCGACAUGGAUGGCGAUGGUGUCAUCAGCUUCCACGAAUUUGCAACCAUUAUGGCUAAAUCCGCCUCUGACUUCCUUGGCCUCCCUGUUUCGUAAAGAAUCAGAAACAGAAAGAGCAUUGAUCGGUCUAAUCUGGAUGAGACUUCAGCAAGAAGAAUGUAACAAGAAAGCAGGGCCACUCAACAACUGUCUUUGUGGGGGAAGUCUUUGUGAACUGUGAACUGAUGAAUUAAUUCUUUAUUUUGGGCUUGGGAGUUUGAUGACAUUAAUAAAAAUCACCAUUUUUAUAAUCUACUGGCAUUUGUAUGUCGAUGGCAAUUAAACAAUCCAUUUGUUUAAUAAAGCAGUUGAAGCUUGCUUCUUGUGAUUAUCAGAAUCCUUUGCAGUAUUUCUUUUUGUGUACAUACAUCUAAAAUUUUGGCAUUUUGACAUUUUAUUAAAUCACUUCCUUCCAGUCUUUUUACUGUCAUUUUUGACAAGGGAUCCACAUUCUUCUGUGGUUCCAUUUUGCAGUGUGAGUGCUUUUGCCUUUAAAUGCUUACACAGUGGAACAGAUUGAUUCAAUAUUCAUCCAUGAUGAGGCUGAAUUGUUGAAGGCUCCAUUUUGUAGAUUGACCUUUUACUUCCAGCAUUCCCAUCUUUCAUGAAUGCCAAUAUGGUUAUUUUGUUUUUCUUCCUUUGUAAUCCACCUAAUAUGAUUUAUAUUAUAAAGCUUUGCUCAGUUCAACUGGACAGCUGUAUCAUAAAACUCAUUGGAUUGUUUGAAUUUUGAAAACGUUCCAGGAUUCCCUGCACCUGGACAGAAAGACCCUACAAAGCUUCACUCUUCCCUGGGAUUGGCUUUGGGCCUUUCCUGCACAGGUUAGGUGGAGGGCAAUACUUCUAUUCCAGCUGCCAAUAAUGUUGGUAUUUUGUAUUUUUCUUAAUUAAUACACAGACUAAUUAUGCUUGUACUUUGCUCCUUCAUGAGAGUUCUAACCAGUUUUUGACCAAGUUAGGUGCUGUACAAAGAGCACAUGAUGCCUGUCGAGCUUAUGCCUUUGUUUUAUGAGUCAAAUCCCAUCCAGUCCUACAAACCUAUACUUGUGAAAUUGCAAGGGGUUGUCUUCAUAUUUGUGUUGGUUAUGGUUGUGACAACCUUGCAGAGUGGGCUGCUAAGAGGCUUAAAAAGGCUGAUCCUGACAGUGUUCCUCUUUCAUUUGAACAAAAAAUGCCCACGUGAGCACAGAAGAUGGGAUGACGAGGAGAGUGAGAAAGUUGACGGUGCAGCAUGAUCUUUUGAGGAUUUGUCUGGUUGAGCUACAUUGCUUCACUCAUGAGUUUAUGGUUAAGAACUGUUGCUUUUCUUAAUAUUGUUGUGUAUAUAUAUCUUGGGGUUUUGUCAGGAUUAGACUUCAGCAAGAACAAUAUAAUAAGAAAGCAGGACUCACUCAACUCCUUUCACAGAGGACAUCAUCGUGAAAUGUGAAUUGAUGUUGCAGUUUAUUCUUUUUGGGUUUGGGAGUGUGAUGACAUUAAUAAAAAUAAAUUGACCUU